GCUAGAAAUUAUGUUUGUGGAAUCUAAAAUGUUUCCAAGACACUCUCGGGAAUCAUCCUUGAAGAAAUGUGCUUACAUGGAGAGAUAAGUUGCAGAAGCAGUCACCUUGACUUUUACAUUCAUUUUGGGUUUGGGAGGAAGAGAGAAGAGGGGGACAAUGGAGGAGGAAAAUGGGAAUAAUAUUGAUUAUGUCAAGUUGCUAUUUUGGUUUUGAGCUCUGUCGAGAAUAGCCGUGUGACUUGUCAGCCUGUCACCAUCAUCCCCAUUAGACUGUCUGAAACCAAACCUCUAAAGGUGACAGGAGUGCCUUCAAGACUACCUUUGUGCUUUAUUUUCUUUUUCGUAAUUGUGGAAGAGAACCUCGGGACUCAAGAAAAACCAUUAUAAAAGUAUUCUUUAACAUUAGAGGUGUUAAGGAUCGGAUAGAAUCGAACACUCUUUAAAAGACAUCUGAGAAAAAAAAUGAAAGUAUGCCCUCAGAGAUCAUACUGAAGAUAUUUUCUUUCUUGGAUCCUGUCUCCUUGUUGUGUAUCGGUUGUGUGAAUAAGCGUUUUUAUCACCUGGCCAAUGAUAAUAUGAUCUGGUUCAGAGCCUAUACUGCUUUCUUUUCACCUAAAAUUUCAAAGUGGAAAACGAAUCCAGAUGAGAAGAUUUCCGUUCAAGACAAAGACAUUGGCUAUUGGAAGAAGGACUAUAUUAUGAAACGAAUUGAAGCUGGCAAAAGGAUGGCCAUUCAGUUCGUCAAACCCAUCAAUUGUUACACUGGCCUUCCAUUUAAGACCAAAGAAGCUAUCAAAGUGUCCGGCCUGAAGUGGGUGAUAGUUCUGAAGGACAGAAAUGGAAAGGAGCAUAUUAUGGAACAGACUGAGACUUUCCUCAAUGACUCCUCUAUUACCGUGGUUUGGUAUGGACAGACUUGGCCACCUAUAGGUUUUCUGUCGGCGAUAGAUUUGUGUGGCGUCACACCAGUUUUCCUGGACCGUUGUAUGGUUCAAACCAGAAAUGGACCGCGGCGACGUUCCCUGAUUGCUGAGUACUGUCUGAGUAACCUAUCUAGGUCCAAGAUGAUUGGCUCUGACAGACUCAUCCAGCUCUUCCAUCUGGCCCCAGGACUCCUUGUUGGGCUCUGGAAGCAAGGGAAGGAAAUGGCUUUUGUUAUGGCGAAUCUUCAUUGUCAUCAUCUUCUGGAGAGGAGCAUUUUGGGCUCAGGCUUGGUCCCGUAUGCCGCUCCUCCUCACAACCCUUUUCUGGAUGACCUUGACCCGCAGUAUGGAUUGCGUGGCUAUCAGCUCCAUAUCGACCUGCACAGCGGGAAGGAUAAGUACCUGUGUGGGACCUUCCACAAUCUCUGCAGCAGGAAAGAUUACAUUCAAAAUGGAUACCUGAAGCUCGUAAUCAUAAAUUUUAAGAAGAACGCUCAGCAUCUCCCCAUUAAUAAAAAUAUCGGCAUCUUCUGGAAAACAGAUAUUUUUGAAGGCAACGUACAGAACUGCUGUGUAAUGGACGUUACCCUGUUGGAUGAAAUAGAGAAACCUUUCUGGUGUUUCAGUUCCCCAUUCACCAUAUAUCCUGUUUCUCAACCUUCUGACCAUUUAAACAACGGGGUAAAGAACUUCACUGGAAGCUACGUGGACCCAGAAGGACGAGUCCAGCUGAAGCUCAUCUGGAUGGACAUGACAGAAGAAUUCUACAUUGUCAACUUGGUUCUUUACAUCAGCAUUAAAAAAGUGAAUUGGUGGUUUGGAACAAACUACUGAAAGUCAGCGCGGAAUCAAACUACUUUUCUCUAACUGGUUUUGUUUGGAUUACAGAGGAAAAGAAAGUUAGUGCUCGUGGUAGGAUGUUAAGAGUUUUCCUUUCUUGUCGCAAACAAGGAAUUUUGGUCCAGUGGGAUCCACUGUCUUUCACGUUGAUCGUUGGAGGAUCCUCGAACCCCGACAGCAUUCAACACCGAACACAUUUUCUAGAAACAUCCAAAGUGUAUCAUGAAUCUUAUUUGGGGAAUUGUAAACGAUCCGGAGUCAAGACUGCUUAAGGGAUGUGUGGUGUUAAUAUAAAUAUGCGAUCAUUAGUUCUGUGUCUUCUAAACUAGUAAGAACUAAAAACCCUAACAGAACCCCGAACGUAAUAACUCCAGGAAGUCCAUUUGAACUGGAGAAUGUUUCCCUUAAAUUCUGCCAAGUCAAGAUUUCUUAAAGAUCAAGUAGAUAAGUAAUCUUCUAAAUUAUCCAGAGAACAUGUCACUGGACUGGUAACUUUUUAUAAAAAAGACGUUAUACCAAAGUAGAGAUAGAUGAGCCCGAAAGAAUGUUUUCAUCUUAGUAAAUUUGAACAGGAUAUAAAAAUGUAUUUGUGACUCCAAAAGUGUUCUGCAUAUUUUUGAUGAUGUAGUCGUGUACUUUCAUAGCACUUUGUUUCUUGUGGGUUCUUAUAAGGCGUGAAUAAAGUUUCUUAAGUAGUGCUCAGUUAA